AUGGAAAUGAGGCUGAGGCCUGAGUCUGCAAGGAGAUUAAGGAUCAAAAAUCCGGAUUUGAAAGGGGAGAUCCUGGACAAGCUUAUCAACGGGGCCCAUGGAAUGUUUAGAUGGAUUGCCGUACAGCUCGAUUACUUCUGCGACCUGCCAUCAGAUUUCGACCUUCAAGAAGCCUUGAAAUCGCUCCCUCCCGAUUUCUUUUCAUCUUAUGCACGCCUCCUAGUUCGCAUCAACAAGAUGACAACAACAACUCAAGACGUUGUGGCACGUGUACUGAAAUGGAUCACACAUAAUAUUAUACCUGUGGAAGCCCUGCUCGAAGCCUUGUCAGUGAAGCCUGGGAUUCGUCGUUUGGAUCCGACAAAAAGACUUGACGUGGAUGAAAUUCUCAUGUUUUGCGGAAACCUGGUGCGCUUAACGUCGGAUGGGAGAUAUAUUGAACUGGCACAUUUACGGUCAAAGAAUUUUUGA